UCUUUCUAUCUCUCUGGUUUAUCGCUAUGCUCUGUUUGCUUGCCGAGAAAAUGUAGGAAAUGGUUGGAAAAGAGAGUGAAAAAUAUAAAUGAAGGCGGUUUGUUCACGUGCUUUGAUAGUUCGAAUAUAGAUUAUUUUCGGAUCAGUUGAAAUUUUCUUGUGGCGAUCAUACAGCGGGUUUAGGGUUUUUGAUCCGUCCAUGGCGAAUUCCGGGAGUUCGAUGCUGUAUUCCUUUCUUCUAUUCACUGUCAUUCUCUCACUUCAAGAAAUGUAUAGAGGGAAGUUAGCAUCAACAGAAUUAUUCACCAUACUUGGGGGUUUCAUUAGUUCUCUCAUAUUCCUUGUGCUGUUGACAUUCAUUGGUAACUUUCAGGAGACAUGUGGAAUGAGGAGUGGGUGGGGUGCUGUUAUUAUAGCAGAAGCAGUUGCUCUUAUUGCUGCUAGCACUGUUCAUCGAGUUUGUAUCACUACAUGUUUCUUGUUUUCGGUUGGAUUAUUAUAUGAAGUCAACAAGCUUUCAGGAAUUGCGCUUUCCAAAAGUGAAUCUAAAACAAAGAGGCACUGAAUUGGGAAAUCUAUCUUUUUUUGAGAAGAAUGUCCUGUGGCAUUGUAUUUUUCUGUUCCGUUUUAUCAUACCUUAGAUACAUACAGUAGCUAAAGAAUACUUUUAUGUCUUAUCAGAUUUUUGCUAACAACUUAAACUUAGAAACGAUGAUAUUCUAUAGCACUUGGAGUUUAUUGGUAUUCCUAAUUAUCAUUUUUUAAGUGGUUACUUCUAA